AGAACCAGCGCAUCCCAGCAUACAGGCGCUACUGGAGACAGAGGGCAUCCCGGCACACACAGCUUUUACUACCGGAGUCAUCAAAGCUUCAUGCCCGAUAGAACCCUCCGUCCGGGAUCCUCGGUUACAACGCGAGGGGAACCGCACUCUUUUUGUAUUUCUUUGGUGUGUGGUUUUGUUUCUGUUCGGGUUUUGGAGAGUGGAUACGCUGCCAUGUCAAAGUGCACAGAAUUGUUUAUAGACGUGCGUUUCGUCUUGCGUGACGACUCUGCUCUUAAAGCUUUGAGUUAGACUUCCCGGCUUCCAGUAACUGGCACGCGACGCUUCACUCGGCCGAUGCGUCACUUCAGGAGGGUCGGGACAACUACACCGGCUGGGGUCUUCUCGUGUGGGCCGAUCUGCAGCUUCCUGCGUUCAAAUUUUGGCUGAAUUUUCGGAACCAGCAUAGGACUGUUUUGCUUUUGGCUUUUCCACCUGACAGAAAGGACGCAGAGAUCCUUCAUCCAUCUUAGUUGUUCUGUUGUUCUUGUUUUGUUUUGCACUGAGCGUUUUUACGCAUGCAACGGGAAAUCUGUCGUGACACCUGCCUUGUCCACACACACUGACCAGGAGGCUUCGGGCGAAUCGGAGUAAAACAGCGGAUAGUCGGUCAAUGCUUGGCCUGUGCCGUUGAUUUUGUUUGUGUGCGUCCUUUUUUCCGUGGUGUUGUAGCCCAUCCAAAGCCAUGGUCCAGUGCGCCGGCUGCCAGAGGCCUAUUCUGGACCGUUUUCUGCUCAACGUGCUGGACAGAGCCUGGCACGUCAAGUGCGUCCAGUGCUGCGAGUGCAAAUGCAAUUUGACAGAGAAAUGUUUUUCUCGAGAGGGAAGACUAUACUGCAAAAACGAUUUUUUUAGGCGGUUUGGCACCAAAUGUGGCGGUUGUUCGCAGGGCAUCUCUCCAAACGACUUGGUCCGGAGAGCGCGAAGCAAAGUGUUUCACCUCAACUGCUUCACUUGCAUGAUGUGCAAUAAGCAGCUUUCCACCGGCGAGGAGCUCUACAUAAUAGACGAGAAUAAAUUCGUUUGCAAAGACGAUUACCUAAACAACGCCAGCGUAAAAGACACCAACCUACUGUCAGUAACGGCGUGCAGCGACCCGAGUUUAUCACCAGACUCCCAAGACCCGCUACAAGACGACGUAGUCCUAAAAGACACGGAGAUAGCUGCCCUGUCUGACAAAGAAACUGUUAAUAACGAAAACGACGACCAGAACCUCGGAGGGAAGCGGAGAGGCCCGCGAACCACCAUCAAGGCCAAGCAGCUAGAGACUCUGAAGGCGGCGUUCGCUGCGACCCCCAAACCCACCAGACACAUCAGGGAGCAGCUGGCUCAGGAGACCGGCCUAAACAUGAGGGUCAUUCAGGUCUGGUUUCAAAACCGACGAUCCAAAGAGAGGCGCAUGAAGCAGCUGAGCGCAUUGGGCGCACGAAGGCACGCAUUUUUCCGAAGCCCCCGGCGGAUGAGAACGCUGGUGGACCGACUGGAGCCUGGGGAGCUCAUCCCUAAUGGGCCUUUCUCGUACUAUGGAGAUUAUCAAAGUGAGUACUAUGGUCCAGGAGGGAACUACGAUUUCUUCCCUCAGGGGCCACCAUCGUCCCAAGCUCAGACCCCAGUCGAUCUCCCCUUUGUACCCUCCUCAGGCCCCACAGGUACACCCCUUGGAGGAAUGGACCACCCCCUACCAGGUCAUCACCCAUCCAGUGAGGUGCAGCGCUUCUCUGAUAUCAUGUCCCACCACCCAGGGGAAUCUCCCAGCCCAGAGCCCGGGAUCCCAGGGCCACUGCACAGCAUCUCAUCCGAUGUGUUUGGCCCUAGUACUCCCUUUACCUCACUAUCUCUGAAUGGCAGCGGAUAUAGCAACCACUUGUCCCACCCGCCCUCGGAAAUAAAUGAGGGCACCGUAUGGUAGCUUCAGAGAGCAGACUUUACUGGGGAGACAUUCAGUAACAGAGGGUGGUGAGGACUGAUGAUGUUGAAGCCUGGAGUAGAGAACAGGGACAUAUUGACAGGGUUAGGGUAAUGACAUUAAAUCAUUCUUUCGUUAUGUUUUUAUAUUUAUUUAUUUAUAUACAAUUUGUUGACUUUUUUGUGGGAAUGAAAUACCACAUAUGGCAUACCUGUUAUACUCAAAUCAUUGUUUUCAGUAUUGUGUUUGGGUGUUUCAGUUGCACGCUACAAGCCCCUUCCCCACCCGCAUUAAAAGAAUGGACUGAAAAAAAUUACAGGAAAAAAUGGAUGAGACUGCUGAACUGCCCUGUCACCCGACCUGACUCCUGUCACGGCCCAGCGUAACAACCAAAACUCCAACACUCACCAGUAGGGUAGGAAGCAACCCUUUCAAUAUCUCGUAGACAGAGGACAGUGCAUCCAGAAAACAGGGCGAAAACAUCAUUAGACUUCAAUAGCUUUACAGAGAGAUAACAAGGGCCAAGUAGUGGUGUGCUGACCUGGCACCGUAGGAAGGCUGAGCAGCAUUCAGACUGUGUCCCUUGUAUUCAUUUAGAAGCUCCUCAGACCUCUUUGCCUCUCAAGGCUCUGCCAUAUUGACACUUAACCUUUAUGACACUACUGAAGACCAGAGGAACUGACAGUGUUCCUUCUGUUCCAUCUGGACUAUUCUUUUUUUUUAUUUUCUUCGCUUCAUAAUCUUUACCAAAAUCAUAGAAAGGCCGCCUUCAAAAGGCAAAAGUAAAACUUGCUAUGGAUUGCAAACCCUUUAUUUAAAAUGGAAGUGAACUUGAAAUGUUGAAAUGGAGUCUACCUUCUAAAAAUCUUUUUUCGGGGUUCAAAAUGGGACUUAGAACAGUCAACUGUUUACGUAACCUAUUUAAUUCAGGAGUCCACAAGUCUCGAAAACCAUGUUUUAGAACCUCGCGAACCAUAUAAAAAUGUUCCAAGCAACCAACCAAACUUUUGUAUUGAUUUUCUUUAUAUUGUAUCAAGAUGAAUAAUUGCUGGGGUUGUGGUUCACUGUGCUAGUUUGUACAAGAUGCUGUUUACAAAAAAGUUUUAAAAAGAAUAAAAAUAUAGACAAUUGCCAAAUUGAAAAAAGUAGCACAAAUAUUGGUACAGUGCUUUGCACCAUCAUCUGCAGAUUGUGUUGAAACAAAUUGUAGGUGGUUAAAAGGAGUAAUUGACUCCUUAAUUUUUUAGUCUGCUGACAGUACAUUCAUAAACAGUUAAUAUAAAAUACUUAGGUUUUAUUUUUAUCUUCAAAUGAGAUCAAUCCAAACUAUUAAUAAUUGGUGGUUAAGUAUGCAGCUAACAGCUGCUACAUCUCUUUGAAUAUUGAGCCUUCAUGUUCUGUCUUAUAUUGUUCCAAUAAACCUAAGCUUAUGUGACCUCCAGUGCAUAUUAGACCAUUCACUGUAUAAAUACGACAUGUUGACAAAAUGUGUUUUUAAUAAAACUAGAAAAUAUA